AACAAAAAUCAAAACGCUUCAUGUGAACACGCUAGCCGCGUGACCUGUCUGAUAGCGAGCUAGUCAAUGGUUUACCAAACUAAGGCUGUUCCCCCCUGAAAAGUUACAAUGGAUUAGCCCGAAAUAGAAAAAAGCGUAUCAUAAAUACAACUUAUUUCGGCACAUUUCGGAUCAUUUGCACUUCAUUGGAAAGGGGAAGUGAGGUAGAUUUGUUUAUAAAUGGGAUGCCCAAAGAUGUGAUCGGGACUGUUUCCGGAAACGCUGAAAACACCAGAAUCAACACUCCAUGCACAUUGUUUUUGUUCUGUGAUAGGCGCACGGAUCUGUGAUUUCAAUAUAAUGGGAGACACUGAGUUGUUCUGAUGCUGCGAAUGUUUACGAGACACGCUUGUCUCAGUUCAUCCCGAGUUUGGAAAGGAUAGCAUGGGUGAUUUUCCCUCUUCUAAAAAACGAGAUGUUUUUAAUCGGUUAAAACGUCGUUUUGAAGAAUACAGACGCCAUCAGAAUACUUGCAACAACUACUACGACAAUACCAUUAAUAAUAUUUACGAGCAUCAGUCGCUCGACACUCGGAACCAACGUCAAAGGUGGCUGGAUUCUAAAGCUAAGAAAGCGUCCAAGCAAUCCAAGGCCAGUCGAGAUUCCGCGGGGAGCCAGGGAAAUCUAAUUCCACGCCUAAAGAGAAGAUUAGACGGAAAUCAAGGCGAGGGUUCGACGACAGAGGGCGCUGAAGAAGGGCCUUCGGCAAAACAGGCGAAUACAGGGACCACGAGUGAAAUCAACUUCUCUGUGCGAAUCGAACAACAGGACAACAACGUAAAACUUGACGUUCAUGCCACCGUCGGUUCAAAGGGAGAAUCUAGCGUCGAAACCACUACCAGUGUCAAAUGUGAACAAAAACCCAGUCCCGAAGACUGCAACAAUGAAAAUGAGAACCUCAGUCCAUCUGAUGAUAUAAGUAUCAACGACGAAGACAUUGACUUUAUUUUGAGGUCUAUGGUGGAAAAUAACCAAGACGAGAAUUUGCUAGAGGAAAUUAACAAGUUUGAAAAAAUUUGUCAAAGUAAAUUUUCUGAUGACAGUAAUAAUAGUAAUGACACAAAAAUGUAUCCUUUAAUGAAGUCGCCAGGACUUGCUAGUACUAAAUUAGAAUCAAACUCGCCGAUAUUUAAUGGGAAUCAGAAGUAUCCGGUGAAUUCACCGCACUUGCAAAACUAUAGAGCACCAUCAGUGAGCAUGGCAGAAAAUACACUUCCGGCUGCAGAGACUUUAAAACAAUUAGCAGCCAACCACCAGAGCCAGAGCACGAGCAGUUUCCAGCCAUAUCCUGGCCACCAAAUGUCCCCCGAUACUGGGCAAUACCCACCGAAUUCAGGAUAUCCACAAAAUUAUGAUCCAUCCACCCAAUCUCAUUACAAUACCAACCAGGGACCAUAUAUGAAUAACAAUAUGCACGGGCAUGUGCCAUUUAACCAACCAAAGUCCGAGGCUGGGUUAACGUAUAAUGGAACCAAGCCCAUCACUCAUUAUCAACCAAGUGUUCCCGUUUCUGUGCAACAAACACAACCACCGUCGUCAUUGCAACAACUUCAGAAUCAAGUCCAAUCACAUUUCAGUCAGUCUCCGCAGAUGGAAAUCACGCAGACACAGCAUGUUCAAGUGACGGACGGAGCCAGCAGAAUGCAAAUGUCUCAGACCCAACAGGUCCACAUGAGGCAACCACCGCAACAGAUGUCGAUAUCGCAGCAACAGUCGUUCAAUGUGCCAGGAGCUAAUAUGGGACCAACCAAUCAAAACUCCCAAUAUAUGAAUGAACAAAUGAAAAUGCAGAUGAUGCAAGAGAAACUUCGUCGUGAACGACAAGCCCAAGCUCGUUCACUGUUAGAGAGCCAAAGGCAGCAACAGCAGCAGUACAUGAAUCGUCCGCCGCCAGAGUACAAAAUGCAGCAAUCAGCACCCGAAGGAUACCCAGGGGCCGAUAUGGGCCCAAAUCCACUUCAGACCAUGCAGAACAUGGUCAACCAAACUAAUGGUAUGCCAUCAGCACAAUACAGUCAUAUCAAAUCAGAAAGUGCUAGUGUACAAAUGCCAAACGGCAUGAUGCAGGCACACCAGGUAACGGCAAUGCAGCAGAGGGUUGGUAACGGGCACAUGCCUGACAUGCCACAAGGCGGCCAGCCGUAUCCGAUCCAACGACAGCAGUCGUAUCCAGGAGCCCAGCCUCAUGGAGCCCAACCUCAUCAGCUUCGUCCCCAGAGACUUCCACCAGAGUCCACAUACACGAGUUCGAUCAUGCGAAACCAACGACCACCAAACGUCAACGUAGGACCAGAUGGCUUAAAUAUUUCUCAACCUCGCAGUGAUUGGCCAAGACCAAUGAUGAAUCAACAAAUGCCUAGACAACAAAUGUCAUCCGGCAUGACGCAUAUGGGCGCCCAGGUUGGAAUGAUGCAAUAUCAAUAUUCAAAUCAAAAUGGCAUGGGAGGGUCUAAUAUGCCAGGUAUGCAGGGACCGCCAUCUCGACCUAUGCAGAUGGGUUCUAUGCAAUCACAACCUAUGAUGCCGCAAUCUCAUCAAAUGAUGAUGCACCAAAGUAUGCAAAUGUCACAGAGGAUGGCAAUGAGAGCAAGACCAUGGAGUCGGCCAAUCAAAUGCCAAAUGGAUCAAAUCACGAGGACAUUAUAAAUCUGUUAGACAGUGCAGGACCAAGUAACAAUCCCGAACUUUUGGAUUCAAUGACGGUGCAGAGCUCCGACCCUAAUAACGACGCCGCGUGGCUCGACGAGAUUCUUGGCGGGAAAUGAUUGUCAGAAGACAACCGUUGAUUUAUCGAGAUAAUUGAAGAUGCAUCGAUUUCCUUUUAGAUAUGAAGUUGAAAUGAUACAAGAUGCAGCUUGAUGCAAGUGAUAUUUACAUAAUCGAUACGAUGAAACAGAGAUUGCACGGCUCUGUGUCCUGCAGUGUUAAGUGCCGUCAUGAUUUUCUUUGACAUCAAUAUAUGAGAUGAUGGGAUAUUGGACCAGUAGUCAAACAGGAGUCUGUAGACCCUGUAGUUUCCGGCGCUUCCUAACUCUGGAAAGGAGACGUCGAAUGUAAAUUUAACUCGAGUGCUUAUAUUAAUUAGAUCUGUUACUUGUAUCCCCCCAAAAACACUACCUCCAGGACGAAAAGACUGAAUCAGCUUCCUAAUUUAACUUUUUAUUGGUUAUGCAUUUUUUUAAACUUCGGUUGAGCCAGAUACCAAAAAGUGCAAGAUACGUUUUUGAUUUAGAUAUUGUUUGGAUAUAAUUGAGAGGAUCAGUAUUGAUCGCUUUCUAUUGAUGUUGGUUAUGUUUAUCAGAUCUGCGAGUUUUAUGUUGGAACCGUCACAGGGUUCUUGUGUAAUAAUUACGAUUAAUGUUUCAAUUGUCAAACCUGUAGCGAUAUAGUGUUUAGCAUUUCAUUCUCUGCAUUGUAUAUUUUGUAUUGCAUGUUGCCAUUGUUUUGUUUACGCCUUUGGUUGACCUUGCGACAUAUGGCUAGAGAAACAUGGCGGACACUUGUCCCACCCCGAUUGUACACGAAACACAUCGUAAAACCAGCUUUAAUUGAAGUAUGUGUGACAGAGAGGAGUUGAAAUGAGAUUUUUAAGCAUUAACCAAUGGGGGACACAUUGACCAAAUAGCUUUCUAUUUAUUGUCUUUCUCUAUUAUUAGCCUAACGCUGAAGGCGCCGGGCCCAAGCUCUUUUGUAAGGAGAUAACGGGGGCCAGUCUCCUCUCGCAUCAUUUUGUAUUAGCAUUUCAUUCGAUGCCCGACAGUUGAAAUUUAUUGCAAUUAAUUUAUUCCCACCGAUUUGCUGAAUAUUCUUGACACAUUCGCAUUUAAUUAAAAGAAAUUCGAGCGGCUUGUCCUGACAUCACACAUGACAUUGAGACAAAUCAGAAUGUUUUUCUUUUGUUUUAUAUUUGUAAAUCAUUGCAACAGAUUCACACCAUGUUUUGGUUUUGUAUUAACAAAAAUCAAUUUGUAUUAUUGUAAGGUAUUUUUCAUAUCGAUUGUUUACAAUGUUUUUAUUGAAUAAAUCUAUUUUAAAAUUAG